UUGGCCCUUGCAAAGUCGAUGGAUAGAGGAAAUCACUCGGUGGUAUCUGAAUUUGUGUUGCUGGGACUCACGAGUUCUUGGGAAAUUCAGAUUCUCCUGUUUCUCUUUUUCAUCACAUUUUAUGCAGCCUGUAUGCUGGGAAACCUUCUCAUUGUGCUCACCAUCAUCUCAGACCAUCACUUGCACUCCCCCAUGUACUGCUUCCUGGCCAAUCUCUCCUUCAUCGAUACUGGUGUGUCCAGCAUUGCAUGUCCAAAGAUGAUGCAUGACCUCUUCAGAGAAUACAGAGUCAUCUCCGUGCACGGGUGCAUCACCCAAAUGUUCUUUAUCCACAUGGUGGGAGGGACGGAGAUGGUGCUGCUCAUCAUCAUGGCCUACGACCGGUAUGUGGCCAUCUGCAAGCCCCUCCACUACCUCACCACCAUGAGCCAGAGAACCUGCGCUUCUCUGUUGGCUCUGGCCUGGACCAUUGGACUCCUCCACUCUGUGGCCCAGCUGGCUUUUGUGGUGAACUUACCGUUUUGUGGAACCAACAAAAUGGAUAGCUUUUAUUGUGAUUUCCCACGGUUCAUCAAACUUGCGUGCACAGACACGUCCAGCCUGGAGCUUGUGGUCGCUGCUAACAGCGGCUUCAUCUCCAUGGGCACCUUCUUCAUCCUGAUCACGUCUUACGGCUUCAUCCUGGUCACGGUUCGCAAACACUCCUCAGGCGGCUCGUCCAAGGCUCUCUCCACUCUCUCAGCUCACAUCACCGUGGUGGUGUUUUUCUUUGGUCCUUGCAUUAUUGUUUAUGUGUGGCCAUUCCCUACUCUACCCAUAGAUAAAUUCUUAGCUAUUUUCGAUGCCCUCAUCACCCCUGUUUUGAAUCCUAUCAUCUAUACAUUUAGAAAUAAGGAGAUGAAGGUGGCAAUGAGGAGACUCUUUGAUAAGGCUUUACAUUUCAGGAAAAGUUCUUUCAGGAACAUCAGGAACAGUCCAAGAGAUUCAAAUUAA